AUGAGGUUUUCAAUAUGGUUUUUCUUGAUCACCACAUUCUCAAUCUUCUGUAUUACUAUCGUUCCAGCUGACAGCCAAUGUUUAGACCAUCAGAAAACUUUGUUGCUCCAGUUAAAGGACAACCUCGAAUUCAAUUAUCGUUUUUCAACCAAGCUGCGGUUCUGGAAUCAUAAUUCGGAUUGUUGUGAGUGGGGUGGCGUGACGUGCGACAAUAUGGGUCAUGUUGUUGGUCUAGACUUGAGCAAUGAAUUUAUCUCUGGAGGAAUCCACAAUUCAAGUAGUCUUUUCAGUCUCAAGUAUCUUCAAAGUCUGAAUCUUGCUAAUAACAUCUUCAGCUCUUGGCAUAUUUCUUCUGGGUUUGAGAAGCUAACUAAUUUGACAUAUUUGAAUUUGUCACAUGCCAACUUGAGAGGGCAAUUUCCAAUUGAAAUUUCGCUCUUGACAAGGUUGGUCUCAUUGGAUUUCUCUUGGAACUACGACUUAAAACUUGGCAACUCAAAUCUAAAAUUGCUGGUUCAGAAUCUCACGAAGAUCACAGAACUCCGUCUUGAUGGUGUAAAUAUAUCAUCCAUGGGAGAGGAAUGGUGCCAAGCCAUAUCUUCUUCACUACCUAAUCUUCAAGUCUUGAGCUUGUCUCGCUGUCAUCUCUCAGGUCCUCUUUGUUCUUCUCUUGAGAAUCUCCGGUCCCUUUCGGUGAUCAAUUUGAGUGAGAACAAUUUGUCAGCCCCAGUUCCAAAUUUCGUUGCAAACUUCACCAAUUUGACAGAAUUAUAUCUCAAGGAUUCUAAUUUGCAUGGAACAUUUCCGGAAAGCAUCUUCCACGUACCAACUCUACGUACACUUGAUGUAGGGGUCAAUGAAUUACUUCAGGGCUAUUUACCAGAAUUUUCCCAACAUGGAUCUCUCCAGACCAUGAUUCUUCGGUACACAAAUUUUUCCGGGACAUUACCAGAUUCUAUUGGUAACCUUCGAAUGUUGUCCAUGAUAGAUGUUUUUAAUUGCAGCUUCACUGGACCGAUCCCUAGUUCAUUGGCAAACCUUACUCAACUUGUUCAUUUGGAUUUGGCUUACAACAUGUUUAUUGGUCCAAUUCCAUCAUUUUCCAAGAAUCUCUCCUACAUAUACUUAUCCCAUAAUUCACUAAGUGGAACCAUUCCAUCAUCUCUUUUAGAUCUUCCGUCGCUGAAAGAAAUUUAUCUUUCAUUUAACAAAUUUGAUGGUCAAGUUGGCGAAAUUUCUAAUGCUUCCUCCUCUCUACUAGAGAUCCUCAAUUUGAGAAAUAACAAUUUACAAGGGUCGGUUCCCAUGUCUUUCUUUGAGCUCGGAAGGCUUACUGACCUUGUAAUCAAUUCCAACAACUUCAGUGGCCUAUUACAAUUGGAAAAUUUUUAUAGGCUGCACAAUCUUUCUUUCCUCGACCUUUCAUAUAACAGCUUGUCAAUCCAUACAACAAGUGGCAGUAGUUCAAACUUCACUUUCAUCCCCCAGUUUGAAGGAUUAUAUUUGGCUUCUUGCAAGCUGCAAAGUUUUCCAGAUCUGAAGAACCAAUCAAUGUUAGCUGAGUUGGACCUUUCCGACAACCAACUUGAAGGGGAAAUACCAAACUGGAUUUGGGAAGUUUCGAAUGGAGGGCUACUUGUUAGCAAUGGAGGACUCACUUACUUGAAUUUCUCUCACAAUCUCUUUUCUGGUUUGCAAGAGCCCUAUGUUUCUCACACUUACCUUGCUGCCUUUGACAUACACUCUAAUCAGUUUCAUGGGGAAAUCCCCAUACCAGGAGUGUUGGCUGAAUUCAUGGACUUCUCAAGCAAUAGUUUCAGCUCUUCUAUCCCUACUAUGAUUGGCAGUUUCCUCACCAAUUCUUAUUUCUUUUCUCUUUCAAAUAAUAGCAUCAUUGGAAACAUUCCUCAGUCAAUAUGCAAUAUGGAAUACCUUCAAGUUCUAGAUCUGUCCAAUAAUCGUUUGAAUGGCACAGUACCAUCAUGUUUGAUCAAAAGGAGUAGUACUAGUCUUGGAGUAUUAAAUCUGCGAAAUAACAGAUUAAGUGGAAAAGUUUUGAGUAUGUUUCCCAAAAACUGUAGUCUACAGACUUUGGAUCUCAGUGGUAAUAAUUUGGACGGGCAGGUUCCGAAAUCGUUGUCAAACUGCAGAGGGAUGGAAGUUCUAAACCUUGGUAAGAAUAUUUUAAGUGGCAGAUUUCCAUGCUUUUUGGAAAACAUAUCUAGUCUACAUGUUUUAGUUUUGCGCUCUAAUAGGUUCCAUGGAGACAUUAACUGCCAAGGGAAAAAUAAUGAAAGCUGGUGGAAUCUUCAGAUCAUUGACCUAGCUUUCAACAAUUUUGGCGGCAAUCUACCAUCAAGUUAUUUCUCAAAUUGGAAGGCAAUGGUGAUUGACAAUGAUAAUGUUCAACCAAAGUUAGAUCAUCUGGGGUAUGAGUUCGGAGAUGGUUCUGGGUAUUAUUCAAGUCGAGUGAAUGUCAUCUACAAAGCAAAGGAGGUGGAGUGGGUGAAAAUUUUAGCCAUCUUUACAUGCAUUGAUUUUUCAAGCAAUAUAUUUGAUGGGAAAAUACCAGAUACUGUUGGAAAUCUCAAAGCGCUUGUUCUUCUCAACUUAUCGCACAAUGCUCUUAAUGGCUCAAUUCCAGCAUCAUUAGAAAACUUGAAGCAGCUCGAGUCAUUAGACCUUUCACAGAACAUGCUAACAGGGAUGAUCCCGACACAACUUGCAAGUCUUACAUUUCUUUCACUCUUGAAUGUGUCAUACAAUCUUUUGUUUGGAAAAAUUCCGACAGGUUCCCAGUUUCAAACAUUCUCAGAAACAUCAUUUGUAGGGAAUCCAGGGCUAUGCGGUUUCCCUUUGAACACGAGUUGCAAUAAUAUUGCUGGAGAUUCACCACCACCAAUAUUCGGAGAUGGGCAUUCAAUCUUGGAGACAGAGGUCUACCUAAGUGCAGCAUUGGGAUUUAUCGUGGGCUUAGGAAUCAUCAUCUGGCCACUUGUGUUCUGUAGAAGAUGGAGACAAUGGUACUACAAACAUGUGGAUCAGGUUUUUCUGAGAAGAAUAAUACAGAGAGGAGCUUACAGAAAUCCAAUUCGAAUGCUUAGUGGGUGA